AUGAUGUGUGAAGUGAUGCCCACGAUUAAUGAGGACACCCCAAUGAGCCAAAGGGGGUCCCAAAGCAGUGGCUCAGACUCAGACUCCCAUUUUGAGCAGCUGAUGGUGAAUAUGCUAGAUGAAAGGGACCGUCUUCUAGACACCCUUCGGGAGACCCAAGAAAGCCUCUCACUUGCCCAGCAAAGACUGCAGGAUGUCAUCUAUGACAGAGAUUCGCUCCAGAGACAGCUCAAUUCAGCCCUGCCACAGGAUAUCGAAUCCCUAACAGGAGGGCUGACUGGUUCUAAGGGGGCUGAUCCACCGGAAUUUGCUGCACUGACAAAAGAACUCAAUGCUUGUAGGGAACAACUUCUAGAAAAGGAAGAAGAAAUUUCUGAACUGAAAGCUGAAAGAAACAACACAAGACUGUUACUGGAGCACUUGGAAUGCCUGGUGUCACGACAUGAAAGGUCGCUAAGAAUGACGGUGGUAAAACGGCAAGCCCAGUCUCCCUCGGGAGUGUCCAGUGAAGUCGAGGUUCUCAAGGCACUGAAAUCUUUGUUUGAGCACCACAAGGCCUUGGAUGAAAAGGUAAGGGAGCGACUGAGGGUUUCUUUAGAAAGAGUCUCUGCACUGGAAGAAGAACUAGCUGCUGCUAAUCAGGAGAUUGUUGCCUUGCGUGAACAAAAUGUUCAUAUACAAAGAAAAAUGGCAUCAAGUGAGGGGUCCACAGAAUCAGAACACCUUGAAGGGAUGGAACCUGGUCAGAAAGUCCAUGAAAAGCGUUUGUCCAAUGGUUCUAUAGACUCAACUGAUGAAACUAGCCAAAUAGUCGAACUACAAGAAUUGCUUGAAAAGCAAAACUAUGAAAUGGCUCAAAUGAAGGAACGUUUAGCAGCACUCUCUUCCCGAGUGGGAGAGGUGGAACAGGAAGCAGAGACAGCAAGAAAGGAUCUCAUUAAAACAGAAGAAAUGAACACUAAAUAUCAAAGGGACAUUAGGGAGGCCAUGGCACAGAAGGAAGAUAUGGAAGAAAGAAUCACAACCCUUGAGAAACGUUACCUCAGUGCUCAGAGAGAAUCUACCUCCAUACAUGACAUGAAUGAUAAAUUAGAAAAUGAGUUAGCAAAUAAAGAGGCCAUCCUACGACAGAUGGAAGAGAAGAACAGGCAGUUACAAGAGCGUCUUGAGCUGGCUGAGCAAAAGUUGCAGCAGACUAUGAGGAAAGCUGAGACCUUACCUGAAGUAGAGGCUGAACUGGCUCAGAGAAUUGCAGCUCUGACAAAGGCUGAAGAGAGACAUGGAAACAUUGAAGAACGCAUGAGACAUCUAGAAGGUCAACUUGAAGAGAAAAAUCAAGAACUUCAAAGAGCUAGGCAAAGAGAGAAAAUGAAUGAGGAGCACAACAAGAGAUUAUCUGAUACGGUGGACAGACUUCUGACUGAAUCUAAUGAACGCUUACAACUACAUUUAAAGGAAAGAAUGGCUGCCCUAGAGGAGAAGAAUGUUUUAAUUCAAGAAUCAGAAACUUUCAGAAAGAAUCUGGAAGAAUCUUUACAUGACAAGGAAAGAUUAGCAGAAGAAAUUGAAAAGCUGAGAUCUGAACUUGACCAAUUGAAAAUGAGAACUGGCUCUUUAAUUGAACCCACAAUAUCAAGAACUCACCUAGACACCUCAGCUGAGUUGCGGUAUUCUGUUGGAUCCCUAGUGGACAGCCAGACUGAUUACAGAACAACUAAAGUAAUAAGAAGACCCAGGAGAGGCCGCAUGGGUGUACGACGAGAUGAGCCAAAGGUGAAAUCUCUUGGGGAUCAUGAGUGGAAUAGAACUCAGCAAAUUGGAGUGCUAAGCAGCCACCCUUUUGAAAGUGACACUGAAAUGUCUGAUAUUGAUGAUGAUGACCGAGAAACUAUUUUUAGCUCAAUGGAUCUUCUCUCGCCAAGUGGUCAUUCUGAUGCCCAGACUCUAGCCAUGAUGCUUCAAGAACAGUUGGAUGCCAUCAACAAAGAAAUCAGGCUAAUUCAGGAAGAAAAAGAAUCUACAGAGUUACGUGCUGAAGAAAUUGAGAAUAGGGUGGCUAGUGUGAGCCUGGAAGGCCUGAAUUUAGCAAGGGUCCACCCAGGUACCUCUAUCACUGCCUCGGUUACAGCUUCUUCGCUGGCCAGUUCAUCUCCCCCCAGUGGACACUCAACGCCAAAGCUCACCCCGCGAAGCCCUGCCAGGGAAAUGGAUCGGAUGGGAGUCAUGACACUGCCAAGUGAUCUAAGAAAACAUCGGAGAAAGAUUGCAGUGGUGGAAGAAGAUGGUCGGGAGGAUAAAGCAACUAUAAAAUGUGAAACUUCUCCUCCCCCUACCCCUAGAGCCAUCAGGAUGACUCACACCCUUCCCUCCUCCUACCACAAUGAUGCCCGAAGUAGUUUAUCUGCCUCCCUUGAGCCAGAAAGCCUUGGGCUUGGCAGUUCCAAUAGCAGCCAAGACUCUCUUCACAAAGCCCCCAAGAAGAAAGGAAUCAAGUCUUCAAUAGGACGUCUGUUUGGUAAAAAGGAAAAAGCCCGACUCGGGCAGCUCCGAGGCUUUAUGGAGACUGAAGCUGCUGCUCAGGAGUCCCUGGGGUUAGGCAAACUUGGAACUCAAGCUGAGAAGGAUAGAAGGCUGAAGAAAAAGCAUGAACUUCUAGAAGAAGCUCGGAGGAAGGGAUUACCUUUUGCUCAGUGGGAUGGGCCCACUGUCGUUGCAUGGCUGGAGCUCUGGUUGGGAAUGCCCGCUUGGUAUGUAGCAGCCUGCCGAGCCAACGUGAAAAGUGGUGCCAUCAUGUCUGCUUUAUCAGACACUGAGAUCCAGAGAGAAAUUGGAAUCAGCAAUCCCCUGCAUCGCUUAAAGCUGCGAUUAGCAAUCCAGGAGAUGGUUUCCCUAACGAGUCCUUCAGCUCCUCCGACAUCCCGAACUCCUUCAGGCAACGUUUGGGUGACCCAUGAAGAAAUGGAAAAUCUUGCCGCUCCAGCGAAAACGAAAGAAUCUGAGGAAGGAAGCUGGGCCCAGUGUCCGGUUUUUCUACAGACUCUGGCAUAUGGAGAUAUGAACCACGAGUGGAUUGGAAACGAAUGGCUUCCCAGCCUGGGGUUACCUCAAUACAGAAGUUAUUUUAUGGAAUGCUUGGUAGAUGCAAGAAUGUUAGAUCACCUAACAAAAAAAGAUCUCCGUGUCCAUUUAAAAAUGGUGGAUAGUUUCCAUCGAACAAGUUUACAAUAUGGAAUUAUGUGUUUAAAGAGGUUAAAUUAUGACAGAAAAGAACUAGAAAGAAGACGAGAAGCAAGCCAACAUGAAAUAAAGGAUGUGUUGGUGUGGAGCAACGAUCGAGUGAUUCGCUGGAUACAAGCAAUUGGACUUCGAGAAUAUGCAAAUAAUAUUCUUGAGAGUGGUGUGCACGGCUCACUGAUAGCCUUGGAUGAGAACUUUGACUACAGCAGCUUAGCUUUGUUACUACAGAUUCCAACACAGAACACCCAGGCAAGGCAGAUUCUUGAAAGGGAAUACAAUAACCUCCUGGCUCUGGGAACUGAACGGCGGCUGGAUGAAAGUGAUGAUAAGAAUUUCAGGCGUGGGUCAACAUGGAGAAGACAGUUUCCUCCCCGUGAAGUACACGGAAUCAGCAUGAUGCCUGGGUCCUCAGAAACGUUACCAGCUGGAUUUAGGUUAACCACAACAUCUGGGCAGUCGAGGAAAAUGACAACGGAUGUUGCCUCAUCAAGACUGCAGAGGUUAGACAACUCCACUGUUCGCACAUACUCAUGUUGA